AUGGCGUCAAGAGUUGAUGCGUUGUCAGAAAACGAAAGAAAGCGCAAUGGAUUUUGCAGGUAUUUUGCAAAGGGGGAUUGCCGUGAAGGCAAUGACUGCAAGUUUUCUCAUAAUCCAGAUGACAUACCAAUCUGCAGGUACUAUAUGGAAGAUAGAUGUCAUUUUGGAGCUGAUUGUUGGUUCAAACAUCCUUGUCCUGAAGAUGACAUGUUUGAUAUGAGUCCCAUGGCAGCUAUCAUAGGAUCUAGUUUGAUUUGUUCACUCAACCCAAAUAUGAACCUGCUGCUUGCGGCUGCCAUUGCUGGUGCUCCAACACCCGGCCAGGAAGAGAAGGAUGACAGUGAAGAUGAGAAGGAGAAAGAGGAGGUCUCCUUGGAAAAAGUUCUUGAAAUGUGGAAGACAUUCCAGCAAUCCAAAGAUGAAAACAACAAUGACAGCAAGAAUUCAAACGACAGUGAACAGUGUUAUGACCUGGAAGAAGAAGAAGAAGAGCAACUCCAAGAAUUUUCACAAAAGCUGAAAGGCUACAGCUUGAAAGCCUGGAGUCCUGAGGAUAUAUUCACACUAAUUACUACUCUAACAAAGGUUGAUGUCAAAGAAUAUGAUGAAUAUGACUUUCUCACGAGUAAAAUUCUUGGUGAUGCUCUGAGGAUGUGGAAACCUGACUCCCACGUUGUUGCUUCAUUGCUGAUGAUGAUUGUUGAAAAAUGUGAAGCAGAUUUGACAUCACUUAUCCUUACAAUCUGCAAUGCACCUGAAAGAGUACACUCUUUGGAACAACACCUUGCGUGUACAGUUCUGGCAGCACAGGAGAAAGACCCAACAACAUGGAAAUCUGAAGCCAUUGGUACUUUGUUGCAAAAGAUUGAAGAAAAUGGUUUCAAUGUUGAUGCUAUUGAGUUCUUCCACAGUGUUGGAAAAGAAAUCAAGGAUGCUGAAAAAUUGGGCCAACUUGUCCAUGACUAUCUAGUGGCAACUGGUGAAAAGGACUCCUUUGAUUGCCGAUGCAAGACUGCAGAGUGCCACUGUCCAGUGGAGGCUGAUGAAGGUGUUGCCUUUAUAAUGUUCUCUGGGCUGCAGAGAAAGCUUGAAUGGAGCGAGGAAGACAAAGUAAAGUUUUUCAAGAAGGCAACUGAUAAUCUGUGGAAGCCUGAGUUGCUAACUGAGCUGGGUGAGACAUUUGGCGUAAAGGAACCACUUAAAAUCAGCACACCAAGGACCUUAAACCAUCAUAAGAAGAUCCAAGAAGUAUCAGACCAAGAGGCCAAGCAAAUCACAGAAGCAAAUAAAGCAAAUCAAAAUCCCCAGUCCAGGAAGUGCAUUGGAAAAGGGUGUCCAAAUCAGAAGAAGAGGGACUGUGAUAAUAAUAUGUGUGGAAAGUGCUGCAGGAAUAGUGGUGAAGCAUGUGAUGCACAUGAAGAUGCAUUUGAUGUUUAUAUCCCACCCUCAUAUGAAUCGAGCCACAAGUUCCACAAGGUUGAGCCAAGUGCACACUUCGAGAACAGGAGGAAAUUUGAGGAGUUUAUAAGUGUCAAGAAACCAUUACGUAGGCUUUCUUUUGGAAGUUACUUCUCAAUUAUGGAUGAUGAUCUUACCAAAGUAGUUGACUUAUGGGGUGACCAACUUGUAGUCCUCGAGCUUGGUUCCAGUGACAGUGGGUGUGGCUCACACCUCACUGACACCUCUGUACAGCAUCUUGCAUCCCACUGUCCCAACCUGCGCAAACUGCGACUGGAGUCUGCAACUCGUGUAACUGACAAAGCUAUGAUUGAUAUUAUGACAAAAUGUCCUCUUCUUGAGGAGCUGAAUGUUAGUGGAAAUGACAAGAUUAGUGGUGACCUUACAGACAAGACCAUGAAGAUGCUCUUUGAAGAUGAUAUUCUUCCAAACUUGAGGCAGAUUUGUGUGACGGAUCAAAGUGCCAUUGAACGUAGCACAGUGUACCGCUUGAGGCGCAGACGUCCCAGACUGAGGAUUAUCGCAGGGGAGACUGAUAGUGACAGCUUUGCUCAUUCUAUGGUUCUCUCUAUGAUGGGAAUGGAUUAUGGUGAUGGAUUGUAUUGAAUAAGAAAAAUGAAAACUUGAAAUAAUAAAAAUAUAGUACCAGUAAUGAUACUAUCUUGCAAUUGUUAAAGACAAGUGAGGCAAUAAUGUCUUGUUCAUUCAAAAAUAUAUUUAUUGACAAAGAUAAAUGUUUGAGUUAUUGGCACUUAGAAUAGCCAAAAAUGUUGACAAUAUUUGAUAAACUUGUUAUGAUAAUAAUAAGAAUUGAAUGAUAAGGACAGAUGUGAAUCAGAACAGGUGAAAGAAAAAAGUUGAAGGUAUAUUAUAUAAUAAUUUAAUCAUCUUGAACCGAGUUGUGAUUAUAUGUUGAAGA